CCAGGCGGCAACAGCACCAGACUGCGCCGCGCCCUGUCCGCCCGCACUGACACCGAAGAGGGGACGAACUCGGCUGCGGGCCUGCUGCUGCGGCUCACCUCACCGCACCGAACCCCACGCGGCGUCGCUCCGCCCGCCCUAAAAAAUCGGCCAGUACAGGUAGGACCCAACCAAACCCACAAGUCGCUCGACCCCAGCACAGAUAGAGCAUCGCAAUUCACCACCAGCGCGACGAGUUCCUCAGCCGCAGCCGCAGCCGCAGCCGCCGAUCCACCCGGCGUCGAGACCCUAGGCGCGCUUGCUCCCCUCGCCGCCCGCAUGGCACCGAAGCGCCCGGCGGCGGUGGCGGCCUCGGGGUCGGCGUCCGAGGCAUCCGACGCGGAGGCGGACGCGGCCCACCACCAGCCGUCCUCCCCGUCCCCGUCCAAGACGCCGCCGCCCAACCCUAACCCUAAGUCCGCCGCCGCCGGCCCCACCUCGGCGGCGGAGGACUCCACCGCGGCCGGAUCCGACUCCGAGGCCGCCUACGACUCUGACGCGGACCACCGCCCCGCGCCCCGGAAGGCGGCGGCGGCGGCAGCGUCGUCGCCCUCGCGCAAGCCCAGGAGCCCCAGGCCGCGCUCCCGCUCCCGCUCCCCGGACGCCGCCUCGUACUCCGACGUCGCGGCCUCAGACGCCGACCCCACCGCCGGAGACUCCGCCGACGACGACAACGCCUCCCCGCUCGCCCUCCGGCCCCCGCGCCCGUCCCGCGCCGAGGCUGCCGCCAUCAAGCCCCUCAGCUCGCGCCCCAUGGAUCCGCCGCGCCGCUCCAUGGUACCCUCUUUCUCCGAGCCGCGCCCAAAGCGCCCCCGCAGCGCCGCCGUCCCGUCAUCCGUGGAGCAGCUCAAGAGGCCGUCGCGGCUCUGGAGCCUCCGCGACGAGAUCGUCAUCCUGCGGGGCUUGGCCACGUACCGCGCCAAGCGUGGCGUCCUCCCCGGCUCCAUGUAUGACAUUUCUAAGCUCCAUGGACACAUCCAGAGCGAGCUCAGUGUUAAGGUAACUCCAACGCAGCUCAGUGACAAGGUACGACGUCUCAAGCAGAAGUACAACCUACUUUCGUCCCGUGGCAAGAAUGGGCGGGAUCCAGACUUGCCCACCCAGCAUGAACAGAGUGUUUAUGAGAUUGGCAAGAAGGUUUGGGGAACGACUGCUAAUGGUGGAGGAAGUACAGGUGGUGAUGGGUAUGAGAUUGGUGGUGGUGGUGAUGACAGCGAAGAGGACCACGAGAUUGCAGAGAGUGAUGACGAUGUGGAGAGUGGGCGGGAUGAACGCCCCCGCAAGAACAGGAGGGUUAUGCCAAUCGCUAUGGCAAAUGGAAACGGGGCUGGGUUUGGGGCUAUGAAUGCCAAUAGCAGAGGGAAGUUUGAUAUUGAGAAGGGAAAGGAUGCUUAUCCAUACCUUUGGGAGACUGUAGAGGAUCUGUCAAAGGAGCACCCGAAUGGGGUAGCAUUCAAGAAGGCCUUUGAGUUGAUCGAAGGCCCCAAAGCGCGUGGGAUGGAGGAAAAGCUGCGAAAAUUUAGGCUGACAGAGAUCAGACACCAGCUGCGCCGUAUGGAACUGAUGAAGGAGACAGUGAAGAUGGUGCUUGAUGCGCUGGAGGGUUGACUGAAUAAUGAAUGAUCUUCUGGUGGGUGAGUAGUGCAAUGUUCAAAGGAGCAGUCAGUGUCUUCUUUUGUUUCUAGAUACAGUUUCUGUGGCUGAAUUACUUAACUUUUGUGGACAAGGCACACUUGUCUCAGUAAGAAUUUAGGUACAGAACAGGGAGUGAGAGUGAUGGUGUUUCCCUUGUUCUUGGUGGAUCAUAGUAUAUUAUCUGUCUCUUAGGUGCUAACUUUUGAGUUAUAUGGUAUACAGUUUCUAUGUUUAGUUAAGUUUGGUUUGAUGCAUCUGCAUUUUGAAGGUUUUGUUCUAUUUUAUUA